AUGCAAUAUCAAGGUUCAUCAUCUAAUAUGGCUGCUAUAGCAGAGUUUGGCUUUAACAAUAAUUAUAACAUGAUUCAAAUUGGAUGGAUAUGUCAACCAGUAAGAGCAGUAGUUGGAAGUCAAAAGAGAAAUGUGGUGUCAGAAUCUAGUGUACGAUGGUAUACAUCAAUGGUAGUUCAAUAUACUGGUAUCAAAGAAGAAGGUCAAAAAGGGGAUAGUGUCGUUACACUUGAAUUUUCAAAUGAGAAAUUACUGGCUAAAUCACAAUACGGAUGGUCAUUAUAUUCAAAUCGAGGAUCAUCCUGA